UGUUUGUAGCUGAACCCAUGUCCAUCCACCUGUCCAGAGGCUUCACGUAUAUAUUGAAGAGGAGAGGGGGAAAAGUGGAUUCAUCAAAGGGUUCUCUAAGUGAGGGUCCUCAAGGAGAGGUUGGAAACAUUGCUGCCUACUUCAGGUUCCAGAUUUUCAGCCUUCGCAAGUCCUCUCGUCAGUGAUUUCUGCAAAGUAGGAUGAAUGCUCUGCCAGUGGUUGGUGCUUGAGUACAAUGUUUGGAUUAAUGGAAAUGCUUCAAAGAGCAUCAGAAGAAUUUUCUCCAAAGAUGGAGAUUCCUGAGGAGGAGAUGGAUACAACUGAUACCCAAUGGGGCUGGUUUUACUUGGCUGAAUGUGGCAAAUGGCAUAUGUUUCAGACUGAUUCAAACACUCAGUGUUCAGUUAGCAGUGAAGACAUUGAAAGGAGCUUCAAAAUGAAUCCAGAAGGCUCUGUUUCUUUUACUACUGCAAAAUUUAACUACAAGUUAGACUUUUCAGUGAUGAAACAAACCAAUCUGACUACUGGAAAACAGCGUCCAAUAAAGCGAGCUCCCUUUUCUAUCAGUGCUUUCAGUUAUAUCUGUGAAAAUGAGGCUAUCCCAAUGCCUUCACACUGGGAGAAUGUAAAUACAGAGGAACCGUAUCAGCUUAUUCCUUUGCAAAAACAAACAAAUGAAUAUAAUGAAGUUUCUAGUCUGUUUGGGAAAACAAUGGAUAGCAACCGAAUUAAAAGAAUUCAGAGAAUUCAAAAUCUAGACUUGUGGGAGUUUUUUUGCAGGAAAAAAGCUCAACUAAAGAAGAGAAGAGGUGUCCCUACCAUUAAUGAACACAUGUUAUUUCAUGGUACCAGCAAUGAAUUUGUAGAAGCAAUAUGCAUUCAUAACUUUGACUGGAGAAUAAAUGGUAUGCAUGCUGCAGUGUAUGGAAAAGGGACCUAUUUUGCAAGAGAUGCAUCGUACUCCAGUCGUUUCUGCAAAGACGAUAUGAAGCAUGGAGACACUUUUCAAAUCCAUGGUGUCAAUCUGCAACAUCAUGUGUUCAGAACAUAUAAAGUUAUGUUUCUUGCUCGUGUUUUAACUGGAGACUAUAUCAUUGGAGAUUCCAAAUACAUGAGGCCUCCUUCAAAAGAUGGGAGCUUUGUGAACUUAUUCGACAGCUGCGUGGAUAGUACUUGGAAUCCAAAGAUCUUUGUUGUCUUUGAUACCAACCAAAUCUACCCUGAAUAUUUAAUAGAAUUCUGCUAAGUUUUGCAAGGAGCCAAACUGAAUAUUGGGUUGGUUGUGAUGGACGGUCAGUAUGUCUUUGCGAAGGAAAUAUAACUUACAAAUUUUUUAAAUACAUGGUGGUGAACAGAGAUGGAGAUGUGAAGGAAAAUCUGGCUUACAUCUGUAAAAUCCUUUUGGCUUAAGGUUGGUUGUCCAUCUGUUGGUCCUGUAAAUAAACGUUGAUGCUUUUCACAUUUAGGGUUUAUAACCAAUUUUAAUAUGGCUUAGUUGAGCCUUAAUUAAAUUGGACAUUUAAUGUCUUCAAAGAAUUCUUACUGCUAUACAUUUUAAAAAAUAAUACAUAUGUAUUUAUCCAUGUGUAAAAUAUAUAUUUAUGCAUAUGAUACAGUAUGUGUACAGGUGAAUAAUCUUUUAUAAAGAUUUUAUUUAUCAUUUUACAAAAUGCAGGGGGCUUAAUAGUUAUUGGUAUAUUGCAGUAUGUAUUACUUGUAGAUUGGAGUUUAAAUCUACAGAACAAUCCAUCUAGGGAAGGCAAAGGUCUGGAAUCAAGCUGAACCAGCUGCUAGGACUAAAUCUAGGUAUCUCAUACUGCUUCAAGCAACCUUGCAAUAAUGCUGCACAACCUAUAAAUUGAAGUGUCGUUGUGACAGAAUAAUAUACCUGACAACGGUUGUGGUCAGUAAUUAGGUAGGUAUUUAGCCCUAGAGUCCUGUGCUAGGAUCUCUUAUGUGAUCUAUAUAGUUGUUGUUUAAUAGUAAACGGUGUGUUUUGUUCCCCCUCCCCGUAUCUUGUAGUAAUCUCUAGCUUGUCUGGAAUUUUAAGAUGCACCCAGUGUUGACGUGACUCUACUUCCAUUGAAGUUGAUGGUAAUACUCUAUUGAAUUCAAUGGAAACAAGAAUUAAACAAAAAUGGAGGGCGUCUAAAAAUUCCAUCCCUUAAUUUUUCCCUAUGUUUCAUGGAUGGUUUUAGUAAUAUUGGUAUGUGCUGAUUUUAUGUAAACCAAGUUUUCUUUCCAUUUGCAUAGAUGCAGAGUAUGGACUGUUUUUGCCAGGUAGAAUGUCACUGGGGAGGAGAAGAGGGACCAGAAGAAAGAUCAGAGAGACCAAAACUCCUGAAGAAGGGGGACUAAGGUGUUAAAUGAGUGAAAACACAUUGGCCCUCCCUCAUGAGACUGCCUCUUUGGAUCCCUGCUAUUGGAUUCUUGCCCUGUCACACAGACCUUAGAUAUACUCAAAGUUGUGUUAGCUUUCUGGCAUGGGAGGGAGCAUACUUCUGCAUAUGCACAGCCUGGCACUAUGACCCAUCUAAUAGACAUGCAUCCCCUCCUCCCUAAGUCCUUUAUCUGUGUCUGUUCAUGGACUCUUGCAGUCGCACCAUAUGCUGGUUAUUUGUGUUCUUUGAAAUUUCUUGGAAACUUUUCCUCCACUUAUCUUCUUCAGCUGUUCAGGGCAGGGACUGUGUCUUCCUUUGUGCUUGUACAGUGCCUAGUACAAUGGGCCUCCUGAGUGGCAUCUCUGGGUGUUGUUGCAAUAAUAACCAAUGACUGGUGCUAUAGAACAGUAAACCUUCACCAAUCCACAAGCCUUGGAAUACACAUGUGCAUGCACACGCAUUAAGGCGACAUCUACACUAUGAGCUAGGGGUGUGUGUCCCCUGCUUAUGUACACAUACUUGAGCUGGCGUGAGUAUAAAUAGCAGUGUAGCUGUGGUAACAUGGGCAGCAGCAGUGGAGGAAUGGCUAAGCAUUGCCAGUGUGAGUGUGUGUACACAAGCAAAGGGAUCACCCCUAUCUUGUAGUAAUCCCUCCCCACUUCUCAUCAGAGAUUUACUAGCAAAUGCAGUAGGGUGUCCGCAGCCUAAGUCCUCUUUAUUUUUAUAAAAUACUCUACAAUACAUGUACUUGGACAUUAUGAAAUUAUAAGAAGUCAAAAUAAAAAAAGUGUACCUUUUUGUUUGUUCACUCACUAAUUUCCAAAAUCCAGUCAUUAUUUUCCUCAAGUCUUACCGGACUGUUGUGACUAAAAGUAACCAACACAUCUGGUUUUUAAAAGGUGUUUGAUUGGCAUGCAUAUAAUAUCUUCAGAAGAUCAAUAUGAUUUAUGUUUACCCUGCUUGUGUGUACUUAUGCCUGUAUAGCUUGUCCACUCUGUGCCUUAUUUUCUAUUUAGACUCAAGGGAAUUGAGUGGAAAAACCUUAAUCUCACCAGUCCAGAGUGCCAUUGAAGGUGGUUUCAGCUUUUCAUCCAGUGCCCACUCUAUCAGCUUUCCUGGUGCAAUCUUCUUCAUCUGUAUUGAUAAAUCUUGAUACUGAGGCUGUUUACACCAUGUAGACAGCUACUAUGCAACAUCUCAAGCUUUAGAAAAGUUGAGUGGUAGUUCUUAGCUCUAAAUCAGAUAAAUUACAAUAAGGAAGUCAGUGUAUUUGUCAUUUGAUAGAAUUUCUCAGUGGCUAUAUUUAUUUCAAUCUUGUGGUUUUUCAUAGUGUCCUUCAGAUCCAGACUUACCAUGUCCAGUUCCAGCCAUCAGUGUUCAGAGGUGACAUCUAGAAAUUUAUACUGUAUCUCCUCUGGCAAAGCACUCUUGUGCCUAGACUCUUUCCUUAACAACCAACACUAUGGCAUUGAGGCAACUGGUUCAGCAUGUCCCCUUUCCUGGUUGUCACAUGCCUGCCUGAGUGGGUGUUUGGUGUUGGGAAAAUAUUCACCCUUUCCAUUUGUCAGGCUUCCUUCUCAGCUUCUGUCUCUUUUGGGUUCUUCCCCUCACUUAUAAGAGGUGAGGAAAAGAUCAACGACAAUGGAUAACUCCUUGCAUCUAACCUCUAUCGAGGAUGGUGGGGCUUGCUGCCAGAUGAAAUAAAAAUGGCAACUCUGCUCAUAACAUUCAGAGCUAUGAUGUAAACCCACCACCUCUUUUCCCAAGCUUUUGCGAAACACCAACCUUGCUCGUGGCAAUACUCCCACUCUUUCAAAUUUAGUAGUAAUGACAUUUAAAAAAAAAAAAACACACCUACUCAGCUUACCCCUUUCUGGCAAAAUAAAGAAGGGGACUAAAGGGAGAGAAAGAUCAUGGUUGUUCUUAUUCUUGGGAGGCACUCAGCUACUAUGGAGAAAGGAACCAGUAAUAGAACCCAGAUGGAUAAAGAAAGGAGAUUACAGUGUCAGUUGGUGUAGAGAGAAAAACAAACAACGGUAUUCAGUCUCUCUCUAGCGGGGACACCACCAUUUGAUGAUUCUCCACCAUUUGCCUUUCCAAUGUCUUGUAUUAUAACUAGAUAUUCAAUUUUUGAUUUAUCAGGAGAGAUCAUACAAGCUAUUGAAUAUCUCAGUUGCAGAGCAAGGCAGAGAAGCUCUUAUAAGUGAUGGUUUGAAGAACUCAGCCAGAGAUUUUAUGGCCUUUUUGGAUAUUCUUGCCCCAAAUAUCUGACUUUAUCAUGGUCCAUUCCAUCGUGCUGCUGGCUUUCUUCUCCAGACAUCAGACCCUCCUGUAGCAGCCAUUUUGCGGGAAAGUGCUGUGUGCUCCAUUACCUAGAUAGAUCUCAGUCCUUCUAAAAGGCACCAAUAUUGUGUAAGGGAGAAAAAUCCUCCCUUGGACCUAUCUCAUUCCAGAGGUGGACUGUACAUAUUGUCUUUUGUUUUCAGACUUGUUGCUUGCAAGCAGGCAUUCUGGUAAACAGUAGCCUUAAAGCCCAUUUUGUAGGUGCUGUGGCAGCUUCUACAGCUUUCCAGAAUGUGUCUGGGUGAGUCAUUUACUGAGUGCUUAUUGGAACUAGAUAUUUUAAAUCCAGGACAGAUUCCAUUUUGGGGAAAGCUGUCUUACAGUCCCUUUUUAACAGGUAUCAGUAAACCACAUGCCAGGAGGUGGGCUGAAGUGGUCUUAAUCAGGCUCCAUGAAUGGAGUUUAUUCACAAGGAAUAAAAUUGUUGCCAGUACCUGAUGGAGGUCUUCAUGUAAUUGGCCAUCUGCGUACCUCUCUUAAUAUGCAUGUGGCCAAGAUUGGAUUCUUUUAGGGAGUGGUGUCCAUUGGGCUGCAACUGCAUCCUAGAUGGCCUCGUGUCACGCCACCUGAGGGCACAAAGGGUGGAGCGAACCCAAGUCUCCCUCAGUCCCUUUUUACCACCCAUGGCAGUGAGAGGGAACCCUGCAGUAUCCACCAGCUUCUCUGAGACUCUGUUGCUAGUGAUUAGUUAAUACAGUUGUUAGGUAGUUAACUCUUAGUUUGCCCUCUGGCUUAUAAUUUUUUUUUUUUUUUUUUUUUGCAUUUUUAAGCCUUAUGUGUCCUCUUCUCCUCCCGCUGGUUCUCUGGGCCUUGAGUUGUUAUUGGCAACACUAAAGGUCCAGGAUUUAAGACCUGCUCCGCUGUGAUAAGUCUGUGCCACUCAAGGAUGUGCAUUCAAAGUGCCAUUUCUGUUUAGGCAAAAGACAUAUCUCUGACCAAUGAUCCAUCUUCUCUUCUUUUUCUAAGUGGACUCAGAAGACUAGGGAUACCUGCCUAAAGAGAUUUUUUUUUUCUGGAGUUCUCUAUGAAAGCCUCCUCAGAUAAGGGGAUAAGACUCAGUCCUCCGGCCACUCCUCAGUUCGUGCCCCAGUGAGCUGCGAUUCCACCCCAAGCUCCAGGGCUGAGAUGGCUGAAACCCCCGGGGUGUAUUUCUUCAGGAAGGGGUAGGGAGGAUACCAGAUGAGACAUAGGUCUCCUUCUUUGAGGAGCCUCAGAACAGAGACGCAAGUUAACGUAUUAGACUCAUCUCAAGCUCUUCAGCUGGUGGGGCUAAGAUAGGUCCCUGUGGCACCUUGAUACUGUCUAUAAAGAAUGCCUGUGGCACCAGUUAAAUCUGCUCACUCCCUUUCCUCUGGCAGUGACUCUUCAGCAAUCUUUGUACCAAACACCUUGGUACCCAGCCCCUUGGUACUGUCCCUUUCAGUGGCUUUGCCCUAUUUGACACCAAGUGACCUAUCUGUGAGCCUGGCACCAGAGUCCCCUGGCCAGCUCAUAUGUCAGUAGUACGAGCUAGGCCUUCAGUCACUGAAAUCACAGUACUGCGUACAGCUGUUGAGACAUCUGUGCCAUCUACUUCCCCUAUACAGGUAGAAAGGGUGCAGGAAUGCUGUAGUACACCAAAAAGGGUAGCUGCACCCCUGCAGGAGGUGUAUUCCUUUUCAUCUUCUCCAUUGGGACAUAGUAAAGAUACAUCUGUUCAUCCCUUGAGAGGCACCACACUGGAAGUCAGGGAGGGAUUCCAGGGCUGCUCUUUGAGCAGCAAAAUAAGAAUUAAGUUCUUGGCAUCCUGAGUUUUCUUAGGUUCCAGCAGAGAGUAAAUUCCACUCACUUCACGUGAUAUGUAUAGGACUUGUCUACUCUUCAUUACAAGAUGAAGUAAAAAGGCCUGCAUUUUUAAGUAUAGGCUGCAGUGGUCAGAUGGUUCAGCAAAUGUUAAUUGAACAAUGAGAUUCAAAAUGCCAGAUGGUCUUGCUGGCUAACACACGUCUUAAAUGCAUGAGGUGAUGGUGAGGAGCGCCUUGUAUCUCUAUCAGCAAUACUCUCACCAGAUGAACAACUCUUUUGGACUAAUUUUGUAUUAAAUUUUUCAUUUUAAAAAGAUUAGAUUUUAAACAAGUCAAACAAGCCAGAAUAAAUAGAGGAUGACGUGUGGCUCUGUAUAGAGAACUGGAUUUGAACCGGGAGACAGGUCUUUGUUCCAGUACCUGCCACUGAUGUGAUGUGGAACCUUGGACACAUCACUUCACUUCUGUGUCUGUUUCCCUCCACCUUUUGUGUCUCUUGUCUGUUGGUUUAUAAGCUCUUUGGUCAAUACUUAUUAACCAGCAAGAGUGACUUUUAAAAAGCUUCGUCAUGUAAUGUGGCUACCUUACAUUUUUAUAAAUGCAAAACAAAAAUUAUCAGUGUUGUAUUAAUACUUAGCCCUUAGAAGAUCUAAAGUGCUGUCUGCAUGUCAACAUAAUUACUUUUUUUUUCUUUAAGUAGUGGCUCCAGAUUGAGUUUUGACAUAGAAGAAAGUUUAGUGAAAGAAAUGUGACCCAAAGCAACAAAUGUGGGGAAAGGACUGAGGGGAAGACGUAGUGGAGAAGAAAAACUGAAGAAACAAAGCUUUGAAUGGUGGAUGUGAAAGUAAACUAAAGACAGUGGUGGGGCGUGUAAAGGGAAAAAAAGUGUCUCCAAACCCACUUUCUGUGCAGGCUUCCUGAAUGCUCAGCUCCUACCCAGUAAGCUCUGCUGAAGAUGGAGCACUGCACUGAGAGCCAGGAAGCCUGAUGUGACCCCUCUGUGUCACGUAAAGGGCUCAGAAUAGUGUAAAGAGACUCUAAAAGCCUUUGAUCUGAUCAGGAGAGUUUUCUCCCAGGGCAGGAACUGAGGAAGACAGUGAUAGACCUCCUUGCAAGCCCUAAUGUAAGAGGUAUGUUGGGGGCAGGUGUGUUGUGUAGCUUCUGGGCAGCACUGGUGUCCCUGGGCAGCUAGGGUUAGGCUGCCAUAACUUAGCGCGCGCGCGCACACAGUGUCUGAACGCCAUCUUAUCCCCACUCACCCUAGGGUGUGAGUUCUGUGCUGGGCAACAUACCUAUGACAAAAUUCCAAUACCCAUUUUAUCACCUUGUCCUAAUUGACCAAUCAUCACUGCUGAGAAAAGUUCUGCUUUAUGUUCAGGAAGUCAGAGCACUCAUGAUGAUAUUGUUCCAGAUGUUUCUGCUUUCAGAGAGGCCAGUUCUGCUUACCUGUGAAUGACACUGGAGGAAAUAUUGUUCGGAGUUUAAACAUUUAGCUUCUGUGGUUGUACGGUGUAAUGGGCUAGAUUGGUCCUUAGGCACUCAUGUAAUAAACAUAAUUAGUAACAGACCCCACUAUAAUGAACUUCCUCAGUCUGUUUCGAAAAAGUCUCUAUCCAACAAGUUUGUAAGAUUGUCUCUUUCCCUCUGACCUGUAAGCCCUUUAACAAAUACACUGCAUUGUAGAGAAAAUCUCCCUGAAAUACCUUACAGUACUUCUCAUUAUAAAGGUCUCAAACUACUUUACAAACAUUGCCUGACAACCUUACUGAAGGUCCUAUGAGGUAGGCAAGUACUGGAGCAGUGGUUCUCAAACUAUUGUACUGGUGACCCUUUUCUGUGUGCGACACCUCCUCCCCCCCAUAAAUUAAAAACACUUUUUUACAUAUUUAACAUCAUUAUAAAUGCUGGAGGCAAAGCAGGGUUUGGGGUGGAGGCUGACAGCUCGUGACCCCCCUAUCUAAUAACGUCGUGACCCCUGAGGGGUCCCAACCCCCAGUUUGAGGACCCCUGUACUAGAGAGAGAGAACCUUUGACUAUCUCUGCAAUGCUGCCGUUUCUGGACUAGAAUACAGCACCUACAUAACUCUGCAUAGCAGUACUUUACAGCAGACUGACUGGAUGUAGGCAAAAAUACUGUUUUCAGUACAAACUUCAGGGGGAAUAUAGACAGGCGAUAUGUAAUUCCGUGAAUUGAAUUUUGUCCGAGACACCUUUUUUCUUACAAAAAGUUUUCCAAGAUCCUUAAUUACAAUAUAUUGACAAAACCUCAGGUUUAUGUCUUAUCGAAAGGACAGCAGUACAUAGUGUGCUAAAAUGAAGUUGGGGUUCAGUACAGGCAGGGCCGUCCCUAGCAAUUCUGGGGCCCUAUGCAGCCCGGGCAGGUCUCUGCGGGGGGAGCGGGCCCCAGGCCUCUUUGGGGGGCAGGAGGGAACCAUCCCCCAGCACUCACCGGGGGAACCACCGCCUAGCACUUCCCGCCAUCGAUGAGUGCAGGUCCAGCCCUGCUGCAGAGCUCAGGGGAGUGGGGAGCGGGAAGAGGUGGGGAAGGAACGGGGCGCGGGCCCUAGGGAAGAGCAGGGGCUGGAGCAGCACGCAGCUGCGCAGGGCAUCUGGUGCCCUACACAGCUACAUACUUUGUAUAUGGGUAAGGACGGCCCUGAGUAUACGCUUUGAGGGAAGAGCACCACUUCAUGAAUGACUGAUACUGCCUCCUGUAGCUAGGUUUUCCUAGAAUCCAUUCUAUCCAAAUGCUAAUCCAGUUUAGUUUGAAAACUCUGAAGGGGUAUAGUUGCAUGGUGAGAUGUGAAUAAGAAAAUGUACAUAAACUUUUCCAGCUCCCAGUGGGAGUCUUUUCAUUAACUUCAGAGGGAGUCUGAUUGGGCCCGAAGAGACGGGUAUCAGAGCAGCAUGGGAGAAAUGAGUAACAAACUAGGUGACAUACAAAGGGAACAUUCGGCUUUUUUUAGCAUUAAGAGGGGGAAUAAAUAAACCACAGUAGAUCAGAUGGUUAAUGUCAUUUUGCUUUGAAAAACUCACGUGGGAGCUAGCAGUGUUUUCGAGUACCCAGAAGCGUAAAUGCGUGUUGAACAGCUUUGGGGCACUGAGCAUUAGAUGGUGGGAGACAAAAGGCCAUAGUUUCAGGAGGGGACUCAAGAUAAAGCACACUUUAAAGGUCUUGAUUUUUAAGCUGUUGAUUUGCACAAACUUACACUGUAUGUUAAUCCAUGUUCUUUAUGAUUCUGAAAAGAAGUGCCAGUUUAUGCAGUAGUCUUAAUUAACUGCACAAUCUUGUGCCAGUUUUAACUAAUUAGAGUACAAGGUUCUUUUUAAAAAAAACAACACUUUCUAAUCCAAAUCAGUGUAUUGAAUCUUUUUCAUGAUUAUUUAUUUUUUGUACAUUAAAGACUGAUUGAUUUUAA